GCUGGUCGUGAAGCAGAUACUUCUAUACAACCAGAGGAGUCGCCCCCUGGUGGUCAGGAGAGAGAAUGCAGCUUCAACACAUGAAGCAUAGACUUCUAUACAACCAGAGGAGUCGCCCCCUGGUGGUCAGGAGAGAGAAUGCAGCUUUAACACAUGAAGCAUAGACUUCUAUACAACCAGAGGAGUCGCCCCCUGGUGGUCAGGAGAGAGAAUGCAGCUUUAACACAUGAAGCAUAGACUUCUAUACAACCAGAGGAGUCGCCCCCUGGUGGUCAGGAGAGAGAAUGCAGCUUUACCACAUGAAGCAGAGACUUCUCUACAGUCGCCCCCUGGUGGCAGCAUUUCUUUAUCUUCCUCGUAACCGUGGUGACGGCGGACAUGGCCCUCGGUCCCCGGUCUGUAUUAGCGGCUCCCUGGCCUUGAUGGCCGUGGGUCCGAUGCCGCCUGUCGCCGUGAGAACUCUCUGGCGCCCCCUUCGUCCUCCUCCCUCGUCUGCAGGUCUGAUUGAAGUCAACGGAGCGUCUCAUUAAAGGUUCUCUUCAGAGGGAACCGUGUGCUGCUCUGUUCACAUUCUCCAGGCCCUCGAACGCACCGCGCCGAAGGCGGCGUCGUCACGGACACGAGGACGGCGAUCCAGAAACGUGUCUGAGCGCCGAAAAGACGGUCCUUUAGUUUUCAAAGCUCUUCACAAGUCUACAUUUGAGACUUGAUGCAGAACGGAAACCAAAAGCACCAGGAAGAGGACGCGGUGCGCCUCUCCACCUGAACCUGCACCAUGCCGGCAAGUGGAGGAGGAAGAAACUCAUCUGACCCUUUUUUUAAUGUUGUAAUUGAAUGCAAUGCCGGUUUUGUCCACUAGGAGCAACGGCGAGGCUCGUUUACGUGUUUCAACGAGACGCCAGGACGCUCGUUGAAACGGGGUUUGAACCCGUGACCUCAAUGCGUUGACUUCCACCAAUAAUGAUCCCAUGAAACGCUCUGAACAACACCUGAAGGGGGCGCCGCUCGGCCUCCAGGAGAGAGAGGGAGAUGGAGAGAGGGAGGGAGAUGUGUGUUGUGUGUUGCAGAGCGAUGGAGGACGGGAAGCCGGUGUGGGCGCCACACCCGGCCGACGCCUUCCAGCUGGGAACCAUCGUGGACAUCGGAGCCGACAGCCUGAGCAUCGAGCCCCUCAAACAGAAGGGCAAGGAGCCCGUGAAGCGUAUUCUGGCCCUGACGGAGACUUGUCUGGUGGAGCGAGACCCGGCUUCGUACAACAUCGUCACCAUCAAACCCUUUGGAGAGGUUUUUGCUCUCAUCUGUGACGUGGACAACCCUCAGGUGUUUACGGUUGAAUUCAUUCCAGAUGGAAACUUUGCAGAUGCAGUGUUCAGAUUCAACGCCAACAUCUCCUACAGUGGAGUGCUGCAUGCAGUCACCCAAGAUGGUCUUUUCUCCGAGAACAAAGAGAAGCUCAUCAACAACGCCAUCCUGGCUCUCUUAUCCCAGGAGGCCGAGCUGCCGACUCUUAACACGGAGCUGGAGAGACAUUUCCAGGCCAUUCGACGCCUGGUGGCCUCCAAGGCCGGCUUCCAGGCCUUUACCCAGCUGCCCAAGUCUGGUCAAGGGUCUGGAGUCACAGAUGCAACGUUCAGGGAAAAGUUGGGAGUAAAGACCGUGAAAGCUUUAAAACGGAACAACAGUGUGACGCAUGCUGCUGUAGACAUGCUCUGUGCACUUAUGUGUCCGAUGCACGAUGACUACGACCUGAGGCAGGAGCAGCUGAACAAGGCCUCGCUGCUGUCUUCAAAGAAGUUCCUGGAAAACCUGCUCGACAAAUUCAUCACCAACGUGGACCAUGGAACAGGAGCUCUGGUCAUCAGCGCCUUACUGGACUUCUUAACCUUUGCCCUCUGCGCCCCCUACAGUGGAACCACAGAGGGCCAGCAGUUUGACAUGCUGCUGGAGAUGGUCGCCUCUGAUGGACGCACCUUGUUUAAACUCUUCCAGCAGGACAGAAAUAACCUGGUAAGUAGGACUGACCAAUGGGAUCCAUGCUGUUUUCUUUCCAUCUUCUUUCUCUUGACAAAAAAACCAAACAUUCUUUCGUCUUCAUGUGACACAUUGGGUGUGUUUUUUAUAAUUCAGCCAGGCGAUGAACUAUUAUUAUCUACGAGCGAUUGCCACAUGCGUCUCCAACUCGAUGCAGGAAGAGAAGAAGUCAAUAAUGCAUUAUACGGUAAUAGAUUUGAUCUCGUCUCUUCUCGUCCUGCUGUCAACAGAGGAGGAACGUUCAGAGUUCCCGUUAUGUUGUGUAAUCCGUAAAUAAUAAGCACUUUCUGUUUGAAACUUGAGUAUAAUUAACAUAAAUUAAGGAUUAUUUGCCAAGGCUCCUGUUUCGCCUCUGGAGCUCUUUUCCAUCAUUUUCAAAUUUAAUUUAGAAAAGUAUUUGUUUACCUUGGAAAUCACUUCAUAUGCUAAGGCUCCAGUGUCAACAUCCUCUAGAGAGGCCACAGAUUCAUGAGCACUAUGAUCAUAACUCUGUCUCGCCCAGCAAGAAUUACAGAACACAUCCAACUCUCGGAUCCCACUUUGGUUUUGUGUUUCAUGACCUUGUUUUCUACGUUGGUUUAAUAAUAAUAAUGAUGACAAUGUUUUUUGUCCCUAAUAUCUGUCCGAUGUCUUUCUCCAUCCUCAAAAAACAUUUGUUAUCGUUUUUUCUCCUUACUGGUGCCAUUCAUUUCUGGUGUCCUUGUCCGUGAAGUAAUGCUCACGUUGUUGCCAUUUUCAACUUCACUACUCUCUUCAUGCCAUAAGCUGUGAAUGAACAACAAUAUAAUGCUGUUGAUAAUAAUGACUGACCUGAAGCGACUCCUCAAAGUCUUUCAUUUUUCUUUUGAUUUCAGAACCCAAACCAAAAGCCCGUGAUCUUAAGGAAGAGACGCCAGAGAAUAAAGAUUGAA